CCUCACACACGUAACGCCGGUUCUACAACUACUCUAUCCAACAUGGCCGACGAGUGAAUAGUUUUCCACCAAAAACGCAUCACGCUUCCGGUCACGCAUACUUAAAACAUCAGGUUUGAUUGACUUUUUUUUUUACUAUUAAUUAUUUUUCCCCUGCAUUUUUUUCAUACACAUGCAUGCGUACUGUUUAGCCGACGAGGAGACGAUAUAUUUAUCGCUAAUCUGCUACAGUACAGCAUUGUCAUGCACAUUGUUUUCGUUGUAUCAUUAUUUUAUGCUGUAUAAAAAAUAAACCCCUAACCAAUACGUGCAUAUUAUUAAUUGUUUUAUGUUGUCGCUGGUACGUGAACAGCAGCAGUAUCAGUCAAUAACAGAAUAGUCAUCCACACCUUCUGGGCGAAGUAAACGCAGCGAAAGAUACAUUGGAUUCGUCUUAGAAAUUAGACGACCAUCGAAAUCGAUUAGAACGCCGUUGGCAAACAUUUGCCGUACAGGUAUGAGCAUUGAUCACUGUAUUCAAAUAUUAUUAUAAUCUUUAUCGUUUAUCCUCGUGUUGUAUAUUAUAUGUUUUAGGUAGGUAGUUUGAUGCUUCCUAACUUCUCGAUUUAUGAUAAGACUUAAUACUUGUUAGAUACAUGAUAUACCUAUACCUAUUUACUUAUUCAUUCAUAUAUCACUUCCUUUCAAGAUUUUGUGGUCAAUUUUGAAUCAUUUAAUGAGUAUAAUUUUCUGUAGAUCAGUUAUGUUAUAAAUUGAAUGAUUAUAAUAUUGAUGUCAGUUUACAUUUUCUCUAAUAGACGCCUAUUAAAUUUGUCUAUUCACAAAAAUUUUUAAUAAAUUGUUUAAAACAUUUUAAAUUUAGAAGUGUGAAAGUAUAUUAUUACAAAUUUACAAAUAUUUUUAAUGUGUAAUAUACAGUAGUUCAUUAAUGACUUACUGUUGGCUUUUUUUUUUAGAUUUUUAAUAAUUUUAUCCCAUAGAUCGUAAUUAUUGUAAAAUGUUCUAUAAUAGUAAUUACUACCAUUCCUCAAGCAGUUUUUUGUUUUCUAAAUUCUUUUUGUUAAUGAUUAAAGCCUGACAAUAGUAUUUUAGAUACCCAUUAAAUUGAUACAAUAUAUCCAUUUGUAAUUUAGUAAUUGUUAAAUUAAUUUUUAUUAGUUAUAUAUUUUAUUUUUUACAUUAUACGAAAAACCAAAUCUUGUCAUUUAAUUACAUACCAUAAUUUUUCAUUAUUUUAUUAGUAUUUAUUUAAUGUAACAAUAUAAUGUAGAUAUCUACUACUUAGAUAAUAUUGUUACAUUAUAAUAAAUAUGUCAAACUUAAUUGUAUAGCUUGGUUAAAAAUGUUCAUUUAGGUACCUAGGUGAAAUAUACGUCGAGGACAAUAAAUACUUUUACAAUUUCUAUCUCUUUAUUGAAAAAAUAAUGGUUAUAAUUAAUAAUAGGUAAUCUUUUUUCUGAUAUUAAUUGAUUUAUCAAUGUUCAUUGAGUAAAAUAAUGAAAUUGGUGGUUAUUGUAAGUAUUCAGGAGUAUUUAAUUCUGUGUAUUAAUAAGUAGUUGUUUUAAUCAAAUAGUAAUACCAUUUAAAUUAAUAAAAUAAACUAUUAAAAAAAAAAAAAAAAACGUUAAAAACUUAAAAAAUUAUUUUAUAGGUUGGUAUACCAUAGAUAGUUGGAUACUGCUAAUGUUUUUAGACUUUAUUUGUGAGUUUUGUUAUUUUUUAUAUUACAUAUAAAUAAAUCCUUUUUUGGACGGAUAAACAUAGCUAUUUAAUUAUUAAAUAAUACUUAAGCUGAUUAUUUAAUUUGUUGAUUUAUAUUAAAACAAAUGUCUGUUCUUAUUUUUAAAACACAAUAAUAAAAUGUUCAUUUUGAAUUUGGUUAUUAAAAUUUAUAUUUGUGAUUGCUCUUAACUUAAAAAAAAUACUUUGUAAAUUUGUUUUAAAAUAAUGAUUUGGAAAAACAAUACAUUUUGUACACGAUAAAUAACCAUGUAUCGUGCUAAUUAUAAUUUGUUUUUUAACCAUGGUUGCAAUUUUAGGACAAUUUUCUAAUUUAUAAUAUUUUAUUUUGUGAUUUAUAGAUAUUCAUAGAAAAAUUUUGGUAACAACUAUCAAACAAUGUUGGUUUAAUGUUUUGAAACGUAUAUUGUAUGUAUCCAUUUUCUUCUUGAACUUCUGAACUAAUUUUGAUAAAACAAAAAUUAAAAUACUUAGUGAAUUUGUAGAAGUGUUCUUAGCACUAAGCGCUGAUGUUGGCGUGUCGUCGACAAAAUGUAUUCAUUCCCCGCAGUGGGACAAUGACAAUUUGUCAUUAUUUUCUUAGUUCUCCCAAAUAUACUGUCCAGACUAUAACAAGUAAUUUGUUCUUGUACCUUCACAUAGAUAAGACCUAUUACAUUGUUCAAUUUGUCUUCAUGCAAAAUUCUAGCUAUUUUUAUAAUAUUGAUACUUGGAACUUUUAAACCAAAAUAAAAGAUCCACAUAAGGGGGUCGCCCAAUUAAACCCAUGCUACAGUUCACAUGUUAACUAUGUUUAAUUAAUAUGAGGUAAAGUUUAAAACAAAACAUAUUUGAGUGUACAGUAUUAUACUCUAGCUCAAACUAGAGUACACUGGGUUCGUGCUUCGCGACUUACCUAACUGCCUAAUUUUUCCCUCACCAUGCGGCCACUAACAGACUAGUUAUUAUAGUAGAUGCGCGGAAACGAACAAAAACUGGUCGGUAAUUGAUGUAUCCUAGUUUGAGACAAAUAAGUUAAAAAAACUGUCUCGUAUAAUGAAUGUAUGCUGACUCAGUGGCAUUGAUAUGACAAAAAUCAAUCAAAUAAUCUUGGGUUUGAAUAUCUAACACAUUCAUUAAUUUUAAUAAAAGUACCGUUUUAAAAUACAAUUUGAUAAAUUUUAAUUUGCCAUUUUGUGGAAUUUUAAUUUUAUACAGUUAUUUGUUACCUAUGAAUUAUUCAUUAUAAAUAUAUUUCAUUAUUAAAUGUCUUGUAUGUAGUUAUUAAUUAAUACAAUUAAUGAACAUUUUUAAUUUCAUUUUGCCAGUUUUUUUUUACCAAAGCACUUGUUUAAGCAGUUUUAUUUUUCUUAAUUAGGUAUAUUCUUUUAAUAAUUUUGAAAUAUCUAUAGUGUAUUUAAUCUCAUUAAACAACUUACCAUUAUAUUAUUAUAUAUUUAUAUAAUACAGAUUUAUAAAAAUUUAUAGGCACAUUUUAUCUAUUUGUUGGGUUAUUAUUUAUUAUCUUAACAUUUUUCCUUUUUUUUAAAAAAAAAAACAACAAUUAAUCGUAGUUUUAAAAUAUAUUUAAAAUGAACCCUUAUCCAAUUGUAUUGUUAUUUGAUGUUUUUCUAUUAAGUUACCUACUCAAUUAUUCCUAUGUUAAGUAAAUUUUAUAAAGUACCAUAAAAAAGUAAAAAUUACAAAUAUUUUUAAAAUACUAAUGAUGCCUUAUUUGGCUUAAUUCACUCUUCAUUGUUUUUUGUAUGUAAAUUACAUUGUUUAAUUUAACUAUGUCAAUGGGUUAGAACAAACAACAGUAUUACUUUUAAAUUAAAAUUUAAAUAAACAAUUUUUUCUAGCAAGGGUUGGACCAAUCCAGGAUACCAAAAUUAUAUGUUGCCCUGGACCUCCAUUUGUAUUUAUGUUCUGGCUCUUAUAAUAAUUGUUCUUGGGUCUGAAAAAUUAACAUUAUAAAUUGUCUUUUUAAUUUAACUUUUUCACCAAUUUUCAAGUUAAAUAAAAUUAUUUAUUUGUUAAAACAUAAAACUCGAAUAAAGCAUGAAUGACUUAAUUUAAUGUCAAUUUAAUUUGAUACUGACUCAUAUAAUUAGAAUGGUGUAAAUCUAAUGACUUGUAAUACAGUUUGCUUUCUAGGUUUAAAAUUACCACUCUUCUAUUAUAAGAUGGUUAGGUUGUAUUAUCUGCAUGAAAUAUUUUAAUUUUUUUGUUUAUUCAUUUUGAGUUUUAACAUGAAUUUAAAUCCAUCAGCUCUAAUAUAACUUAAAUAAUUAUAUUUUAACUUUUUAAUUUGGAUUUUAGUCAGAAUAUAGUGUAGCUUGGUGACAUCAAUAUUCACGUUUAAACAAUAUCAAUAAACACUAACAACUUUACUGAUAUACAAUAAUAUGGUAAUAAUUGUUUUGUAAACGACGGCAAUUUUCGAUCUGAAAAUCCCAUCCUAUGCAUGGCCAUAAAAAGACAUUGACCUUGUUAUUUAUUAAAGUAUGUGGACGUGAGUUCAGUUCCAAGUAAAAAUAUCUAUGACUACUGGUCAUGCUCAUACACAUGAUUCAAGAAUGUCAAACAAUAAUAAAUGUUAUUUUUUUAUUAUUAUUUUUUAUCACCAUUUUUUUUUACUUUACUUAUACGGGGUUGUUAGAAUUGUAAUUUUUCAUCGAUUAUUCAUCAUAGGUAGUUCAAAGAAAAACCAAUAUUACUACACGGGUGUGCCGUCAUUCUGUGUCUCCCUGUAAACGAGUAUACUCGGGGAUGGGGAUCUUAAAUAGCGUAUUGCGAUUUUCGAUUGCACAAGUUCGGUGUGCGUAUUCGUCGUUUAUGGCAAAAGAGGGAGGGGGGAGAGACUCCCUUCGUGGAAUGGCGCAGCAGUCGUGGCUGGCAUCCACUCGUGUCCGAUUCCUAUCGUGCGCGUCCAGACGCCGCCUCAUGCGAUUUACAAAUCGUUAUAUAUUAAAAUGAGUGUAUUAUAGCUGAUAUUUUUAUAUACACGUAAUGUAUAUGUAUAUCUUCUGCUGCUGCUGUGUUGUCCGGUUUGCCGUACGGCCGCGGCCCGGACGUUAAUCCAUGACGAAAACAAAACCGCUGUUGCCAUAUCUCAUCACGCGAGGCAUCCGGCGGGCGCGCGCGCGCGCGGUGCGGCGCGGCGCGGCGCUCUCCGCUCGCCUGUCCGCCACCGCGGGUCCGUCACGGCGGCGGUCCGGGGGCCGACGUUCGCCACACACAUACCUAUCGAUCGAACGCGCCGUCGCACUCACGUUUGCAUACGCCCAGCAACGCGCAUGCGUGCCUGUGCUCGCGAUACGGCCUCACGGGGACGCGUGCGCCGCGCGAGUAACGUUCGCUUAUUUUCGUAUAUUAUUCUCGCACGCGUAAGCCACCAAAAAAAAAAAAGACCAUUGUAUCGAUAUAUGAUACAUUCGAAAUCCGAACAUAAAGAUACAUAAACACGUUACACGUUAUAAUAUAUAUAUACACGCGAUAUCGUGUACUGCUGUACUGUGUUUUACAACGGCACGGCGUCUAUGCGUGAAAAAUUCCAGGUAUUCUAUUUCCGGAGUGCCGCCGCAUGGUCCCGUGUGUAACGUUCGUUUUUUUCGGCCAGUGUGUAUCCGGCCAUAUUAUUAUUGUGUUAUUACUAUUAUGUAAAAUCGACACGUUUCGAUAUCCAUCUCUCCCUCCGCACUGCACCGCCGACGGGCGAUGACGUGCACAUUUCGGCGCAUCUAACCCAGUCGGGUGUCCCCGUAACCGGAAUAUCUAUCAUCGUGUACCCAGUUAAUUUUAUCGAUGACGUACAUUAGUAGAUUAAUAAUGUAUUAUUAUUACAGUUUAUCGCCGUAUUCGAGUGUUCGAAAGACGGGCUGGUAAAAUAAAAAAAAAAAAUCUGGUCGUCCGCUCAUCGUGUAACGAUUUCAAUUACCGGUCGUAAUACUUUUAUUACUUUUUAUCAUUUUUUUUUCUCAAAUUUUGAGUAUUUAUAAAUCUACGCGUUUUCCGUUGCGGCGUGUCGUGUGGCGAUCAAUCACAAUCGAUUGUGGCGUGCUAUGCGAUUGUGCCCGGCUACCGCGGUGGCGGCGGUGGUGGCCAACGUUCGCCUCGCCGGCGGUAUGGAGGGGGUAGGACGCAGCGUCCGCAGCGCGUUGUGUGUUUGCUUUGCCCGUUCCACCACACCAGACCUACUCUACGCCACCGUCGACUUGUAGUUGCCGCCGCCACCCUUCUAUCAUACACACCGUUUCGUUUUCAAUCUCGUCCGUCUGUGAAUCGCGCGCGCGCGCUUCGUUCCUACACGGUACGCACACCACGCAUACACGCACGCACAUACACUCACACACAUAUAUAAACACAUAGUGCAUACGCAGUUGAUCCAUACGAAAUAUUUUUCCGUACGUUUAUAUCAAAAAUAAUACAUACGUAUACGUAAUAUCAUUUAUAUAUAUAUAUUCGUUGACCGACAAAACAAUAUUUUAUUUUUCUCGUCUCCGCGUCGUACCACAACACUCAGUUGUAUAAUAGUAGUGACCGUGUGUCCGCCACCGCGAGUGUGUACCCGUCGUCCGUUGCCGCGCAAUAUUUCCGUCGCUCCGGCCGUCCACGUCCAUUAUAGGUGAGUAACACACACGCAUACGGCCGGCCGGUGUCUAAUCUAUUUUUAUCGCACGCACGCAAUUCCCGGCCGGGGGCCCCCCGAAUCGAGACCAUGUACUGUUUGUGACAUUUUUUCCGAUUCCCAGUUAACGGACUUUUUUUUUUCUUCCCCUCUAGAUUUAAAAAUUGAUCAUCUUACGAUUCGCCCGACCGUGUUUGGUUUUUUUUUUUUUCCUCUCUUCUAAGUUUUCCCAGACGACCAGCAGUCUGGAAUUGCUGUCACCGUCGCCGCCGGCGGCCACUACCGCAUGGUUAUUACGCGAACGCGUCUCGGGGGUUUAGGGGAGGGGGGCCACAAUGCAGCAAUCGCAUUCCACGACUGUGUGUCACUCGCUUGCACAGACACACACACACAAACGCGCGCGCGUGCGCUCGCAGGUAGCGUACACACUAUACCUGUCCGCCGAUAACCAGGAAGAACUCGUGUCGUGCGCGCGCUCGCGCGGCGCCUCUACUACGAGGAAACAAAUCGUCGUCUACUUACGUUUUUCUGGGAAAUCUGCGCGAGUUUUUCUCGCCUCCUUUACUUUCCCGCCCGUCUUAUCGUAAAAAUCGAUCGACGCGCAUUCGCUCCCCCUCCAUUCGCCCCCGUUCGGCCGUGCCCUAAAAUAUCGCGCAACUUGUUGUGUGAUACUAUAGUAGUAGUAGUAGUAGUAGUAGUAUAAUGAUAUUAUCGACUGGGUACCGGGGAAAACGCACAAGAGCAAAAAAGAAAAAUAAAAAAACCAAUUCGUUUUAUUGAUUUCCAAAUAUAGAGUUUCGUAUCGAAUAAAAUAAUAUUAUAUUGUAUAACGCGUCAUACUCCGACGACGCCGUUGUUGGCUUUGUCGUUAUUGCACUAGGUAGUGCUCGCUAUAAAAUAUUAUGUGAAACCAACGACUAUGACGACACGGUAAUAAUAAUAUCGAGUAUGCGAGUAUAUGGAGUAUAAUAUAUUCGGUAGUAUUAACCACUUUCGAUUGGAAAUAUCCGGUUACCCGAUCCUGCCUCCGCGCAGUAAAAAAAAAAAAAAAUCUAUAUUUAACUCGAACCCAAACAAAGGUACCUAUAUCGAAGUUGUGUCGUACGACCGUGCACUGAACUUUAUUAAAACAUAUUUACUUGGGUGCGUGUUUAUACGUGUCGAUUGGUGAGCUGCGUAUGCGAGAGAAAUGUUUUCGAUUCUCGUAAAAGAACCGCUUUUGAUUUAUUAUCAGACUUAUCUCCACAGACACUCCGUCGACUUGCAUUUAUUCAUUAAUAAAUCAAUAUAAAAAUGCACGAUCGAACAAUAUUAUGAUACUAAUAGUAUUGUGGCGGGACUCGUAUUGGUUAUUUAUAUUUUUCAAUGACCUAUAGCCAACUAAUAAUUAUAAUUAAACACUUUUUUUUUCGUAACUAUAGGCACUUAAUUUGAAUAAAGCAUUAAUUGUAUAAAUUUGAAUUCUUUGUCGGUGUUUUGCUACCAAUGUUCAAAAAUAAUACCUAAUAAACAACUAAACAUUAUUUAGAUGACAAUAAAUAAUUAACAUAUUAUUUUAGUUGUUUCCAAUUGAUUGGUUAGUUAAGUAAUUUUUAAAUUGGUUAUUACUUUCAGUUCUUUUAAAUAAUAUGUUGAAAAUAGAAUUCAUUGUGUGUGUUUGUUCUAAACAAAUUUAAUCCGUUGUUCACUAUUAUUUGACAACUAACUGUGUUGACUUGAAUAACACCGUAUUAUUAUAUUUGCCGAGAUAUCUACUAUUUGAUUUAAUUUGAAUACCUUAUUUAAAUGAUUUAAGAAUACCUUCCAUAAAUGUAACUUAUGCAUUUAACACAAAUUAGGUUAUUAAAUAACACAUUUAAUUUUCAACAUUUAUUGUUUUUGUUUGUGCAGGUUAAAUUAGUCUGUUGGUCAAGUUAAAUAUCAAAUGUCUGGAGAUAAGGAGGAUUCGGUUCAGAGAGCCAAGCUGGCCGAACAGGCUGAACGGUACGACGACAUGGCUAGCUCAAUGAAAUCUGUGACUGAGACUGGUGUGGAACUAUCUAAUGAAGAGCGCAACCUGCUUUCGGUAGCCUAUAAAAAUGUUGUGGGUGCUCGACGAUCAUCGUGGCGUGUGAUAUCUUCAAUCGAGCAAAAAACAGAAGGUUCGGAAAAAAAACAACAAAUGGCAAGAGAAUACCGGGAGAAGGUUGAAAAAGAACUUAGAGAUAUCUGCUAUGACGUAUUGGUAAGUCUUUUAUUUUUUUAAUUUUAAAUUGUAAAUUAAUUUUAUUUAUGGACGUCAAUAUUUUAAUUGCUUAUUGUAAAUAUUUUGUUUUAUUUUAGAACCUCUUGGACAAAUACCUAAUCUCCAAAGCGAGUAAUGCUGAAAGCAAAGUUUUCUACCUUAAAAUGAAGGGUGACUAUUACAGGUACCUGGCGGAAGUAGCUACAGGUGAAACGAGAAAUGGUAAGCUUUUAUGUGUAUCAAUAAUAAUUAUUAAAUACUGAUUUAUGUGCUAUAGGUUUUAGAAAUAAUUCUAUAAUUUAAAUUUUAAAUAAUCUUUUUGAACAGACAUAAAACUACAUUUUGUUAUUUAAUGUUUAUAUCUAACAUUUUAUUUGCAUAUUAUUUUGUAUGUAUACAUUAUUUGUUGUAAUUACAUCAGGGUUUUAUAUGGACAAAAAUUUAAAUAGUUCAAAGAUAGAACAAUUAUGAUAAUUGAUACAACUUACUUUUACUAUAAUAUUUCAAAUGUAAAAAUAUAGAGCAAUAUUAACUAACUCAAUGCCUUCUAGUAAAGUUCUGUGUUUCCAUUUUAAAGCUAUUGUAUGAUGAUUUACUAAUAUAACUUUCGUUCUUCUGAAACAUUAUGAAGAAUAAUACAUUUUUUUAGCUGAAUAGUUAGUAACUUUUACUAAAUGUGUUUUGUAUUGAUGUUUUAAACAAUUUAACAUAUUUAAGUCAAGACUAAAUGUACUUCACACAUAUAUUAGAUUGAAUUCUUAUAAAUUCAUAUUGUGCAUGUAAAAUACAUGUACAGUAGCAAUUCAAAUUUAAGUUAAUUUUAUUGUUCUAUAAAGUUUAUCAAAUGAUGUUUAAUAAUAACUUUCGUUCUUCUGAAUUUGAUUGAGGAAAAUAUUUUUAAAUAACUGAUGAGAAAAAAUUGUACAAUUAAUAUAGUUAUAUAUAUAUAUAAUUGCAAUGUUUAGGUUAAUUUUCCCAUGUAUAAUAUAUUAUACAGUAAAACUUCUGCUAACGGUCACCUCAUUGUAACUAGAAUUUUUUAUGGUCCUGCCAAGUGUUAUGUCUUUAUAAAACACCUAAAUAGCGGUCAUUAUUUCCGGUCUCUUCGGUAACCUUUAUAUGGAAGUUUUACUGUAAUUUUUUCAUUUAGGCUAUCUAUUAUAAUCAUUCAAUCAAUUUAAUAAAUAUGUUUUAAAUUAGUUAUAGAUGUUUACAAUAUAACCUAUAUUAAUAUAUAGUUCAAUAGUAUUAAACUUGUGUAUCAAAUGAUGUUGCAAUUAAUAACUUUCGUUCUUCUGAAUUUGAUUGAGGAGAAUAUCUUAAAAUUACUGAUAAGAAAGAGUUCUAAAAUUAACAUAACUAUACAAAUUCUAUAUUUGAGUUAUUUUUCUGUUAAUAAUUUAUACUUCAAAUUAUAAUUAGUUAUUACUUUUAUAAUUAAAAACUUAAUAUUGUCCUAUUUAAAUUAAUUUUAGAUGUUAGCAUUACAAUAUAAUCUAUAUUAAUAUAAAUGUCUACAUAAUUAAACUUGCGUAUCAAAUGAUGUUACAACUAAUAACUUUCGUUCUUCUGAAGUUAUUUGAGGAAAAAUAUUAAUUUACUGAUGAUCAAACAAUAUAAAAUAUAAGAACAAUAAUAGAUAGGCCUUGUUGGUACUAAAUGAAUUAUUAACAAAUUAGUUGAAAAUUUUAAAUGCAUCUCUAAUUUCUUGAUGUAUUUUAGUAUUAACAUUAUUUUUCUAUUUUAAUUUCAAUGCUAUAUGAUUGCCCAAAAUAUCAUAUUAAAAAACAAAUUGGAAGUCUUGUUUUAAACUAUUUUUUGUGAUAAAAUAGCUGUGGUUGAGGAUUCUCAACUAGCUUACCAGGACGCAUUCGAGAUCAGUAAAGCAAAAAUGCAACCAACACAUCCAAUUCGAUUGGGUCUGGCGUUAAAUUUCUCCGUGUUUUUCUAUGAGAUAUUAAACUCACCAGACAGAGCUUGCCAACUGGCGAAACAGGUAUUUAUUUCACAAAAUGUAACAUAUUUCUUUUUAUUGGUAUUUAGGGGUGGUGGAUGAUUCACAAAAAGCAUAUCAGGAAGCGUUUGAUAUUGCUAAGUCAAAAAUGCAACCCACUCAUCCUAUUAGACUUGGAUUGGCAUUGAACUUUUCGGUUUUCUAUUAUGAAAUUAUAAACUCCCCAGCUCGUGCUUGUCAUUUGGCCAAACAGGUACCCUUAAUGUCUUCCUGAUGAGUCCUGAAAUUGUGGAUUUGAGUGAUUUCUUCAGUGGCGGAGUAUUAAUAAAUGGAUAUUUUCAAUUGCUUUAUAAAAAAUAAUAAUAACAAUAAUUUAAAACUUUUUCAUACAUUAUUUGGUUUUGCUAAUAAUUUUAAAUCGAUAGAUUUGUAUAUAAACUAAAAGAAAAUCUAGAUUUUUCUAAAAUCCGCCACUGUUUUUUUUUUUUUUAACAUGUUUGAUUUUGGAGCUUCUUUAAUAUCUAACCAGAUUUGUAUAAACUAUUGAUUGCAUCAAACUACAGCAAAAAUAAUUUCCAUAUGCUUUUUUUUUUGCUUUAAAAGGUUAAAUAUUUUUAUUAAUUCUCAUGAGUUCUCGGUCUCCUUUUUAUAUCAUACAGUAAUUUUCAUUUUUAUUAAAAUUGGAAUUACAUAAUGAUCUGGUCGUCUUAUGUAAAGGUUAAAUAUUUUAUAUUGGAGAUCGAGGUUAUUUAUUGUAUGAAACUAAUGCUUAUAUUCUUGUGUUUGGAAUUCCUUAUUCUUAAAAAAUUACUUUCUAAUUAUCAAUAUUUGUAUUUAGGCUUUUGAUGAUGCAAUUGCUGAGCUGGAUACGUUGAAUGAAGACAGCUACAAGGACUCAACUCUCAUCAUGCAAUUGUUGCGUGAUAACUUGACGUUAUGGACGUCUGACACACAAGACAACGAUGAGCCCCAGGAAGCCGCUGGAGACAACUAACUCUUUUACUAAAAAUAUUUAAUAUAAAAAUAAAAAAAUACUAUAAUAAUUUUUAAUAAAGCAAAACAAACAUUUUCACAUUUCCGCGAGAAACUGCGCCCCCUCAUCUUCCACCCUCCACACAUCUGCGCUCUCACGACACGCUCUUUGUUUUUGGUUUUUUUUUUUUUUAUACCUGUUCUCUAAAAACAAGAAAACUUGAAUAAGAAUAAAUAAACACUUUUUUUCUUUAUUAGUCUAUUAAUUAUCUAUUAAUUAUUAUUGAAUGUUUAUAACUAUUAUUAUAUAGAGUUAUUUCAAUAAUAAUAAUAAUAAAUUAUAUAUAUAUAUAUAUAUAUAUAACUACAUUUUGGAAGUAUGUCAUAGUUAUACUAUUCAAUUAACACGUUGGAUGCUGGUAAUUUAUCGUAACUAAUUAGAUAACAAUAUUUCUUAAAUCUAAUGUUUACUAAAUUUCAUCUAAUAGAAGUAUCGAACUAUCUUCUUAGUGAAACUAUUGCCAGCACUCUUCGUGUUGACCGUCCGUUUAUAAUGUUUAAAUGAUUUAUAUGUUUAAUUUUGAAACCGAUUAUACGGUAAAUAACUUUAAAGUCUGUAAAAAAAAAUGUUUGCUCUCAUAAUUCGAUCAUAAUUUUAAACACAUAUAUAUAUAUAUGUAUGUAUAUAUAUAUUAUUGAACUAAUAUUUAUAUAUGUAUGUAUAUGUAUAUAGUUAUAUUUUAUAUAUAUUAUAUAAACCUCAAAAAUUUGUUUGUAAUAAUAACAUUGUGCUGAGUUUCUAAUUACUGUGAUUUUUCUAUCUUUACAAGUCAAUGAAUAUAGUUGUUUCUUACUGGUUUUAGUUUAUAGUAGUUUCAUCUUUACUGGUUUUGACUUCCAUUCCCUUACUCACAUCGUUAUUUUCAUUUUUAAUAUAUAUAUAUAUUUAUUCAAAUUGUUAUUGUACUUAAAAUGGAAUUAUUUAUCUUUUUAAUGAAAAUGAACGUUUAUUCGAGUGAAUAACUGUUUCAUAUCAAUUAUCAUCUUAUUUUUUCUCGUUUCUGUAUUUUUCUCAAGUCUCUUACAACCUAACUUAUUUCUUCAAGCGCGGCCUGACAAUUCAUUAAAGAUUUGAUUAAUUAUGAUACUGAUUGAUAUAAAUUUAAAAUAUAAGUGUUUCAUUUUGAAAAUUUUUAUACAAUGUAUGUGGUAUAAACUUAAUAAUUAAAAAAUUGAUAAAAGUUUUUCUUUUUUUUUUUUUAAGUAUAAGCAGCCAUUGUAAUUUUAUAAGAUGCACUUUUAUUAUUUUGCAAUUUGUUUAAUUUAAAUAUAUAUAUAUAUAUAAUUAUAUAUAUACAUACAUACAUAUAUAUUUGGUCAUAGAUAGAUUAUUAUUACUAUGAUUUGAUAAAGCUUAUUUAUAUGUGUUGCCUUUCCUUUAAAAUUUUCCCCUACUAUUUUAUUCUUGUUUCAAUCUAUAAUUAUUUAAAACAAUAAAUAUUUAUUACAUGCAGAUCCUUGGUGUGAAAAUUGAAAAAUAUAAAAAAAAAAAAAACUGAAAUUGAGAAGAUACACAUUGCUAAGACUUAUUAUUUAUUUUUUUUCGUAACAUAUUCUUUACAUUUUGUAGAUUAAUAAAUUAGUGUUUUAUAAAUAUUAACAUAUUUGUUAAAAUUAGUACCAUAUUUGUCAGCAUAUUAUUUAUUAUAUUUUUAUUAAGAAUAUUAAAUUUUAAAAUAAUGUAUUAAGGAUACAGAACUUAUAUUCAUUACUGAAACUUGGUACAAUUGAAUAUCUUAAAUAAUUAUGAUUUACUAUUCUAUUGGUUUGUAUUUCUUUUUUCAUAUGUCUUGAAAAUAAUAUUAAUGAAUAAUAAUGCUAAUAAGAAAUUAUUUCUUUUUUAAUAUUCUUAUUCUAUUUAUGCUGAUUAAUCUGAGGUACAAUUUUUGGCUGAAGGUCUGGUGUAAUAGUUCUUAAAUGUUGCAGACUUUUAUUUAAAGUACAAAACUCUUAAAAUUGUUUUUACUUUUUAGAAUGGCUUAUUUUAAACUGAAAAUAUUUUAACAGGGAGAUGAAGGGGGAGUUAUAAGAUUUUGAGUGUGGGCCAAUUUGGCCUCUAUAUAGUAUUCUGAUGCAUAAUUGUUAUUUUUAUUUUAAAACUGGCGGUUAUUGAGGUUAUUCAUAGCGAUUAAGACCGGCGGUGUCUGUCAGUCAACUAAUUUAAAAUUUGUGCAAUUAGACAUAUCUAGUUAAGUCGCCAAAAGUUUGUUUUCUGUUAUAAUUUUUAAAGUUAUGCAUUCAGUUGUAAAUAAAAAGUUACUGAUCAAAUCAUAUUAAACAUUAAUUUUAAUCAUUGACUAGGUAAUUAACGUUAGGUUUUUAUAAAUUGAGGCCUUGAAAGAAUUGCGCUACUAUAAACAUAAAUAAUCUACACAAUCGUUGAUCGUCAAACAAAAAAAUAAUAUGUAUCAUUUACUUAAAAAUAAUUAAUAUUAAUAUUGCAUUGGUAAGUAUGUAAAAAUUAAAUGAUUAAUAUUAAAUAUAUAAUUAAAAUAAUAAAAGUAUUAGAGAGCCUGGAGUGUGCAACAACCAGUUAUGAAUUAAAAAUUUAUCAUAAGGUAUAUCAAAGUUAAAAUGUAAAACGGGGCUGUAUGUAAAAAAUAAUAUAAAUAUUGGGUAUCUAUAUAUAUUUGUAUAAAUAUUUGCCUAAUAGAUAUUGUUUAUUUUGAUGCUAUAACUAGACAAGAAUCACAUUCUAAAAAUAUUUUUUAUUAGACUAAGGAAUACUUGAUUUAAACCUACACUAAGAAAUUAUAAUAGUAGUUGAAUUUUUUGAUGAUUAUUUAUUUUCAAAUAAUUUAUACAACUGAAUAAUUUUUAACCAUCAUUUCACUCGCUCAAUGGACUAAAAAACAUAUAAAGCAUUAAUUUAUGAAUUGGUAUAUUUUAUAGAAUUUCAUAAAUCGUUUUUAAUAUUUCUUAUUUAACCUGUACAAAAUAUGACAUAAUUAAAUUUUAAAAAUGUAUUGCUGUAUUAAACU